CCACAAUUGUUAUCAGUUCACUACUUGAAUUCAAACCAGAUAAACAUAUCUCUUCUAAAAAAACAAAACUAAAAACAAGUAAAAAUGGUUAAAGUGGCUAUCAUCUUCUUGGCUGUUGUUGUAAUUUGGUUGGGACUUUCAGUUGCAUUGCCUACUCCCGAUGAGGAAAGAUUUUUGGAUAAAGAAUAUACUCGAGAGCUCCUCAAUUGGCUAUCAACUCUUCAAGCUCCAGUUUCUAACAAUCCCUGCAAAUACUAUGGAAAUGGAAUAUCUGGAAUGAUGACCAAACGCAACUCUGAACUAAUUAACUCUUUGCUCAGUCUUCCCAAAGGAAUGAAUGAUGCUGGCAAAUAAAAGUUUUAACUUAACAUUAUAUUCUAGCUCAAUUGAAAAAAAAACAUAAAAUAUUUGAAUAAAAUUAUAUUAAUUAUAGCCCUAAUAUGAAAAGGUAACCUAA